AUGAGGCUUGUAAUUUAUAAUCGGUUUAGCCCUUUGAAAUUACUUUCAGUUGCUGACACUCGUUUUGCUUUUAUUGUUGUGAUGCUUAAAAGAUUUAAACUUAUUAGGCGUACUUUAGAAGCAAUGAUUAUGAGUGAUCAAUGGGCACAAUACCGAGAAGAUGACCAAGGCAAAGCUAGAUUUGUUCGUGAUAAAGUGGUAGAUGAGGAUUGGUGGGAAAAGGUUGAUUACAUCAUUACUUUUACUGGGCCCAUUUAUGACAUGAUCAGAGUUUGUGACACAGACAAAUCAUGCCUUCAUUUAGUUUAUGAGUUGUGGGAUUCUAUGAUUGAAAAGGUGAAGCAAGUUAUUUUUUAUCAUGAAGGAAAGCAAGCAGAUGGGUUUUCUCCUUUUUAUUAUGUGGUUCAUCGAAUUCUUGUUGAUAGUUGGGCAAAGAGCAAUACUCCCCUUCAUUGUUUAGCUCAUUCAUUAAAUCCAAGAUUUUAUUGCGAACAAUGGCUUCAAGAGGGAGAAGGUAGAGUGCCUUCUCAUAUGGAUGGAGAAGUAUCAACUGAAAGAAUUAAAUGCUUUAGGAGGAUUUUUUCUAAUGAAAAUGAGCGAAUUAGAGCAAAUAAUGAAUUUACAAAUUUUUCUUUGAAAAGUGGACAUUUUGCUGAUCCUGAUUCUAUUGGAAGUAUGUAUGUUACAGAUCCUAGGAAAUGGUGGGAAUCUUUUGGUUCUAAUGCACCUUUACUUCAAAGAAGAAAUAAAUUAACUCCAAAACGUGCAAAAGACUUGGUUUUUAUCCAUAAUAAUCUUCGUCUUCUGUCGAGAAACUCCUUCCAAUAUUAUGAUAAGAAGACAAAAUUGUGGAAUGUUGGCGGUGAUCAAUUUGGAAGUAUGAAAGAUGUGAGAGUUCUUGAAUUUGCCAACCUUUCAUUGGAUGAACCCGAGUUAGAGUCUGUUUUAUUUGAUGAAAAUGCAACUACAAGCAUGGAGAAGGAGAAAGACAGUGAAGUUGAGAAAAUGUCAUAA